UUACCGCGAGCUUCACGCAGCUUUGAACAUGGCAAGUAACGAUACGCCGUCAGCUGAUGGUGAGGCUGUGAAAAAGGAUCAAAAUGAUAGUUAUGACAAACGGUGUAUUUUCUGUAAAAUUGUGAACGGGGAGAUGAACACCGAGCUUCUAUACAGCGAUGAAGACACAUCAUGUUUUAGAGACAUAAAACCUGGGGCCCCUCAUCACUAUCUUGUUGUGCCAACAAAACAUGUAGGGAAUUGUAAAUCACUUCACAAAGAACAUAUUCCACUAGUGGAGAAAUUAGUGGAAACUGGGAAAGAAGUUCUUCGGAAGAACAACUACAGCGAUUUAAGUGACAUCAGGUUUGGGUUCCACUUGCCUCCAUUCCAGUCUGUCACACAUCUGCACCUCCAUGUGCUAGCACCUGCCAGUCAAAUGGGCUUUAUGUCUCGCUUCAUCUACCGUCCAGACUCCUACUGGUUUAUAACGGUGGAUCAGUUGCUCCAAAGGCUGAACUCAAUGGACUAACAGAAACACACACACAAACACACACACACACACAGAGCACACCACACCAAUAUAAGGGAAUGUAAGUAGAGGACAAGUGGUAAUAUUAAGGUAUUAAUCCUGGCAAUUCCAUUCAUACAAGCUGAGUACAAUUUCAGCUACUUUUGAAUCCUCAGAAUGUGAAUUUCUUGACAAAUAAUGACAAUUAAAGUGAACUGUUUUA